UCUGGGUGCUCAUGAUGGUUGAAGACAAAAAGACACACGGAGAAAGCCAGCUGACUCGAUAUGUUGUAGGAGGUAAAGCUCUUGAGCUGGAGAAUGGCUAGAAAAACGAGUAUCGGAACUGAAUUUCAGCUUCUAGGAUUUACCCUUUCUUUCCUUAUUUAUCCCUUUGCCCUCGGCCUUUUCUUAAAUUUCGGAUAUGUCGCCCUAGUGAAUUGGUUGCUUCUCGAUCCAUAUUGGGUAGCUUGGUAGGAGGUAUCGACGUAAGUACUAAGGUAUGGGGUAGAGGAGGCGGGGU